AUGUCCUCCUUAACGAUGGCAGGCCUCCUUAGUCGCACAAGCCGCUAUAUGGCAUCAAUUGAGUCCAUCUCAUCAAAGCAAAUAUCCCCCAGCAUCCGAACCACAGCCCAACAAUGCCGCACCUACACGCAAGCUCAACGGCCCCGAGUCACCGCGAACAUCCAGACCAUGCUCUCCGCCCAAAAUAAUAAGUUCUCAACGAGUGCAUCCCGCACUCGCGCAAAGACAAUGGGCCAACUGCGUCAGCGGAACUCCACCGGUCCGUUCUCGUGGAAGGCAGCCCUGCUGUUCGUCCUCACGGGCGCCGGUAUGGUGGUUUAUUUCCGGGUUGAGAAGGCACGUCUGGAGCGGAAGCGCAUUGCGGAGAUGAGCAAGGGUGUUGGAAAGCCGAAGGUUGGAGGACCGUUCGUUAUGAAGGAUUUGGAUGGGAAUGAGUUUACUGCGGAGGAUUUGAAGGGCAAAUAUUCUUUUGUCUACUUCGGUUUCACUCAUUGCCCUGAUAUUUGCCCCGACGAGUUGGAUAAGAUGGCCGAGAUCAUUGACAAGGUCAACGAGGCUACCGGUGACCCUAAGCUGUUUAUGCCUGUGUUCAUUACUUGCGAUCCUGCUCGUGAUACCCCGGAGGUUCUGCGUGCAUACCUGCAGGAGUUCCACCCAGGUAUUGCUGGCUUGACUGGUACCUAUGACCAGGUCAAGCAUGUUUGCAAGCAGUACCGGGUAUACUUCAGUACCCCCAGGGAUGUCAAGACCGGCGAAGACUACUUGGUUGACCACAGCAUUUACUUCUACCUGAUGGACCCGGAUAACGACUUUGUGGAGUGCAUUGGCCGACAGGAUACCCCAGAGUCUGCGACCAAGGUCAUCAUGGAGCACAUUAAUGACUGGAAGCGCGAGGGCCGACCACUGAAGACAGAGUAG